CGCACUGCUCCGUUUGGACGGAAAAAGUUGACCAGCGCAACAUUUAUACGUGCUACUGUGUUUACUUGAACUUAGUUUUUUUUUUAAAUAAGUAAAUUAAAAUGGAGUGGUGCAACGAUGAAUGCAUUCGGUUGAAUCAUGAGUAUCAACAAGAAGAAGUGUUGUGGAACCCAAAACAUGCAUUUUAUUUUUCAAAAAUAAAAAAACAAGAUGCAGGGGAAAAAAUUUCCAAACAACUAAAUAAAAAUCCCGAAGAAAUUAAAAAAAAAACGUUGAGCUUAUUAGGAUCUUUUCGCCGAGAAAAGGCAAAAGGGAAGAAGACCAUGAGGACUGGUACAGGACGAAAAGACGUUUAUACUUCAAAGUGGUUUGCCUUUGAGGCUUUUCAGUUUUUGUUAGACCGAGACGAUCCUCGGCCAACUCUUAAUACAGAUAACUUAUUUUGCCAAGGUAAUGCUCCGUUUUCAAUAAAAUAUGUUGCAAACUCGUCUCUUAUUUCUUGUGCUGUAAUUUUUGAUUUACGAGGAAUAUUUCUAAGGGGCUGUAAUGGUUGGUCAUUCUGUCUCCAAUGUCCUUCUAUUAAACGUCCGCCGUCCUCACUAUCAAAACAACCUGGAGGACUCAACAAGUACAUGAAAUUGACUCAGAAUCAUUUUCUAUUCCUGUACAACCGCCAAAUAAAAGAAAAAAAACGGGUAUCGGAUAAAUGCAUAGAGGAAGCUAUUGAAAUUUUAAAACGACCUUAUCCAACUCUCACUACACCUGAUGAAUGGUCAGUUUAUGGGCAGCAUCUUGCGAAUAAACUUCGCAAAUAUACCCCGCACACAAGUUCUAUUGUCCAACAUUAUUUUAAUAAUAUAUUGUUUGAAGCCGACAUGGGAAAAUAUGACGUAGAUAAUCGCCAUAAUAUAGUUCAACAACCUCAAUAUUCAAGGUUCUAUACCUAUUCAACACCAUCUGCGACAUUUUCUCAAAGCUCUCCAUUGUCACGCCCGCCACUUCAUUAUCUCCAAAUGAACCACUUCAUGAGUUUCAUUCGCCAAUAUCUCAAGCUCAUGUUACAGCAGAACCAUAUAACAACGGUGCUGAAACUCGGCCAAACUCAUUUUGUUAAUAUUAUUUUAUAAUAUUUUUUAUUUUAUUUUAAAAAUACUAUGAAAA